AUGGCGCGCGGCGCCACCCAACGCCCGCGCAUCAAGUCUCUGGGAGAGAUGGUCGACGAAGCGCGCGCGCGGCGCUCCUCCAAGCCGCAGCCGUGGUUCGCGCGCAAAAUGACGAUCGGCGUGUGCGGCGGGAUCAUGGGGUACACGUUCUACGUCGCCGUGGGGCGCGUGUGUGUGCCCGGGAUUAGGAGGGAGGAGGGGGUUGCGGGGUUUGGUGAGGGCGUUGGAUUGUUAGUGGGGUGGUGUAUACUGUUCGUGAUGAUGGUCUGGAGCUACAUCAAGAUAAUCCUAACAUCACCAGGCUACGCAACAGACCACGUGAAAACAGUCGAAGCCGAACAAGACCUCCCGCCCGACGCGCCCUCGACCGACGGCGAAGACUCCGACGCCGAGCCCGAACCCGCGCCUUCCCCUCCCUCCAACCCAACCCCAGCCCCCUCAACGUCACAUCGACACUCGCACCGCCUCCGACCCCUAGCACCACGCAUCCCCUCCGACGCGCGCGCAGUCCCGCCCUCCCGCACACAUACACACGACACGCUCGGCGUACCGUACACCUCUACGCGGCCCGGUCCGCCGCCCGCGCCACAGCCCCCUCCCCCCUCUCACUCAUCACCUUCUGCCCACCAGUCCCCUUCAGCGCGCAAAGAUGAUGCGCCCGCGCCAAGGCCCGCGGUGACCGCCGACGCCCGCCCAGAGCGAAUGCACGGCACAGCGCACACAUUCGCAGCGCUCAACCCGCUCGCUGAGAAGCCGCCCGCGAACGCUGCGCCUGAUGCGGGCGGGUACGCUUAUGUCGGGUCCUCACACGGCGCCUCCAAUGGCCACGGGAUCUCUAACGGCAACGGAAUCUCCAACGGCAAUGGGAUCUCGAACGGGCAUGGCACCUCUCACGGCAAUGGCGCGACGAACGGACACAGCGCAAAUGGACACAGACACGACGCAACCGUAAAAGGCUCCUACUACGACUCGUCCCCGGCGGACCCCUGGGACGCGACGACGCGCGCGCCGGCGCCGACGCCCGUCCUGCGGCCCGAGUACCGCUACUGCCGGCGCUGCAGGAUCAUCAAGCCGCCGCGGACGCACCAUUGUCGGCAGUGCGGGACGUGCGUGCUCAAGUUCGACCACCACUGCCCGUGGAUCGGCCAAUGCGUCGGCGCGCGCAACCACCGCUUCUUCGUGCUCUUCCUCUUCUGGAGCUUCCUCUACAGCCUCUUCACGUUCGUCGCCGUGCUCGCGCUCGUCGCGCGGCGGGCGUCCGGACCCGACAGACAUGUGGACCCGCAACAAAUAGUCACCCUCGCGCUCGGCGGCCUCUUCGCGACGUUCACCGGCAGCCUGCUCGGCAUGCACGCGGCGCUCGUGCUGCUGAACAUGAGCACCGUCGAGCAGCUCGCGCUGCGGAGCAUGAAGGAGCGCGAGCGCGCCGUGCUUAGUAGCGAGUUUGGGUGGACGCAGUUCCGGGCGAAACGCGCGCGGCAGGCCGAGUGGGACGCCGAAUGGGGCCGCAUAGGCCGCGAGGGCCACCUGUGGAACGUCGGGGGCGCGCGGUACCACUGGGAGAUGGUGUUCGGGCGGAACGUGUGGGCUUGGGCUUUGCCGAUCGGAAAGUCCCCAAGCGACGGCCUCAAAUGGGAGCGCAACCCGCGGUUCGAUAGGCAGGGGCGGUGGCUGCCGAGGCGGGAGUGGCCGUCGUCGCUGCGAUAG